AUGGCUGCGGAUCCUGAGCGGAAUGGUGGGGUUGAAGUGGACGAGACGAAGAAGGAAGUGCUGGAGCGUCAAGCUGCAGACGACUCGCAAGCAUCCGACAACGACGGCGGUGAGCGCCCCGUCCGCCACAAGUUAAAAGAGACCUCGAUUACCUCGGCACCCAAGGCUUCGACGGACAGCGACGCCAACAUGACUGGCAGUGCGCAGGAAGGAAGUUCCAGCAGGGCCAGCAGCAGAGGCAGGAAGCGAUCAUUCGACGAGGAUGAGCCCGAGAAGAACGAAGACGAUGCAGGCCACCGUCGCAAGCGGUCGCGCGACUCGAACAGCGAGGAGGAGAAUGCGAAUGCGGAUGUAGAUGUGGAAAUUCCAUCGCAGCCACAGAAGGGGGAGGAAGUGACACGGGAUAUUGCGGUUCCGAAGAAGAAGAGAAGCAGAGAUCAGUUGGAUAAGGAUGAGUCGACGGUCGGUGCUUCGGGCGAGAAAGCAGACCAGAACGCCGCGGAGGAGACGUCGACGGAGAAGUCUGAAGUGGAAGGACAGCCCGAGAAGAAGAGACACACGGAUGAUGCGCGAGAGAAGGAAUCGGCUCCCAUUACCAGUGCAUUUGCGAACACAUCGUCGGUUUCGCCAUUCGGGUCAAUCGGUGCGAAGGCCAAGGAAGAGGAGGCAUCGAAACCUGCUGCUGCCACAUCAUCAUCUGCUUUUGCUGCGUCAAGUCUGGCUGCGUUCGCCAGUUCCGAACAAUCACCCUUUGGCUCCCUCGGAAGCUCCACACCCUCUGUCUUCAAAUCUCCGGCAUCGACGGACUCUCCUCAGCCAGCUGCUACUGGAUUUGCUUCUGCAGCCGGUACAUCGGGAUUCGCUGCACUGGGGUCUGGUUUCUCCGGGUUCAGCGGUGGCUUUGCGGCGGCCAAGCCCGCGGGUGGACUUACGAGCUUUGCUUCCCCUAGUGCUCCCAGCGUUCUAGGCGGCUCCAAGACGUCUGCUUUCGGGGCCCCUGAAGAGGAGGAAGAAAAGGAGGACGACGAAGAACAAGCGGGUGACAGCGGCCCGGGAGAGUUCGAGCAAGAUAAGACGGACGAGAGAUUCUACGAACGUCCGAUCGAGACUGGCGAGGAAAACGAGAAGACAUACUUCUCAUGUAAAGCCAAGCUGUUCCAUUUCACGAACAAAGAGUGGAGAGAGCGCGGCAUUGGGACCUUCAAGGUCAACGUCCGCGUCACGGACGGAGUAGAGGACAAGAAGGCAGCUCGCAUGAUCAUGCGCGCAGACGGCGUGCUGCGCGUGAUGUUGAACACGCCCAUCUUCAAGGGAAUGACGGUUGGUGAUGGACAGGGCAAGGAGCCCAAGUCGAAGCAGAUCAACCUAGCCAGUUUGGAGAAUGGCCGCUCCGUUCCGAUCUUGCUCAGAACCGGAAGUGAAGACCUCGCCAAAGAGCUAUACCGCGUUGUUCGCGACCUCCAGGAAUACCAGUGA